GUAGGACUGCCGACGACCAUGUAAACCAAUAAUGACAUGACGACGCCCAACUCGCCAUGUCGCAAACGCCUACAAACAAGGGCAGGUUGAGAGAGCCUCCUCCGUCCCUAUUUCUGGGACCACCUUCUCAAAAUGCCUCCAACAUCUCACUGGCGGGGCCCUCCCAAAUGGGCGCAAACCUUGCGCAAACCACAAGUGCCAUGACAGUAUCCUCAAAUGGAAGUCGUAUUCCACUUACCCGCCAGCGAUCUAAUCGGCAUGUUCCUCGUGUGAAUGGGGAUGGAUUUAAUGAUCCAACGAACAUUUCUACGAUCCCGCGUCCCCUGCCCCGCAUCGAAUCUGAGAGCCAGAAACAGGCAGAUAAGACAGAUGCAUUGUGGGCUCAGAUGCAGUCUACGCUGGAGGAGGUCGAACUCAAUGCGGUCAACGGCAUCCAAGUGUUUGGUCCAGAGCAUACGAAAGCCUUGGACAGUCUACGGAUGGCACAGAUCGCACUGGCACAAGCAUGGGUCAGGAGCGGAGCCGAUGAUGCGGUUGAGACUAUUGACAGGAGUGCUACGGGAUUUCGAGGUUCUUUGUUGCCAGGUGAGGGGAGAGAAGAAACUGAAGGAAAGAGUGCAAGUGGUGUAUCGGGAAGCAUUCCAGUGGAUCUGAAUACGGAUACGUUGGACGAAGAGACGGACGCAGACACACGCUUGGCCCGCCAAAGGAGAGAAGCCAAUGACGAGUAUUUCCAGCGGGUCAAUGGUGGAGUUCUUGAUGUGGUAGCGAAACUGCAGGUCGUCGCCGAUGCGAUGAAGGCCGUGGAAAAGGAGAGCAGAGAUAUCUGGGAGGACUCAGAGGUAUCGCUCUCAACUGAAUCGAUACCACAAUAAUAAAAUCAAGUGCGAAGUUCAAUGGCUCGAGGCGAUAGUAUACACUGAUGUACACAAUAUCUUCGUUUUCAUUAUGACAUUAUAAUGCUCUUAUCGAAGUCGCUCAUCGAUACCGUACUAUAAAGGUAUAUCUCCCAUGUGAAUUCCCAAACGCCAGUAUUCUUAAUCGUAGUUGCUUUAGUUGCCAAUGAGAAGAGAGCCCUGUCUGGUAUCAGUUUGAACCAUGGGAGGUUGCAUGAAUGACUUACAGCCAUGAGCAGGC